ACUCCGGCUCUCCCCCACUUUCCCUCCCCUCGCUCUUUGCUCCGGCCCCUUUCCCACCCACACCCGCGCCGAACUUCCUCCUCCCCCCUCCCCCACCCCUCGCCCCCUCCAACUUCACCAUGUUCCUCACCAAGUCCGAGUACGACCGUGGUAUCAACACCUUCUCGCCAGAGGGCCGCAUUUUCCAGGUCGAGUAUGCCAUCGAGGCUAUCAAGCUCGGCUCCACCGCCAUUGGCAUCCAGACCUCCGAGGGUGUGAUCCUGGCCGUCGAAAAGCGUGUCGUGUCGCCGCUGAUCGAGCCCCAGUCGGUGGAGAAGAUCUCCGAAAUUGAUCGCCAUGUUGGCUGCGUCUGGUCCGGCCUCAUGGGUGAUUCGCGCACCCUGGUCGAGCAUGCUCGCGUCGAGGCCCUGAACCACACCUUCACCUAUGACGAGCCGAUGCGCAUCGAGUCCCUGGCGCAGUCCAUCUGUGACCUGGCCCUGCGCUUCGGCGAGGGUGUCCACGGCCAGCGUGCCAUCAUGGCCCGGCCCUUCGGUGUGGCUCUUCUGCUUGCCGGGCAUGACGACCGCGGCCCGCAGCUGUACCACACCGACCCCUCCGGUACCUUCACCCGCCAGGAUGCCAAGGCCAUCGGGGCCGGCAGCGAGGGCGCCCAGGCGUCCCUGCGCGAGCACUUCCGCAAGGACAUGACCCUAGCCGAUGCCGAGCGCCUUGCCCUCAAGAUCCUCGGCGAGGUGAUGGAGGAGCGUCUCUCCUCGCAGAACAUCGACGUCGCCUCGGUCACCGCGUCCGGGGGCUACCGUCUGUACACCCGCGAGCAGAUUGAUGCGGUCAUCAGCGCUGCUCCUGCGCCCACCACCGGCUCCGCGGCCAUUGCCGCCGCGGCCGCCGCCGCCUCCUCUUGAACGGGCAUCCCCGAAUGCCCUGCUUCACGCCCAGCCCCCUUUGUUCCCGCUCCCCGCCCUUCCGGAGCCUCGACCUGCCAUGGUAUGCGUACGCCCUGGGUCUCGGCGUCCCCUCCCCCUCCCUCCUCCCUCGGGAUCAUCCGGUCCAGACUCCCUGGGGCCUGGCGCUAGGCCGGGCGUGAGGGGCGUGGGCGUGUGAAACAAAAAGACAAAAAAGAAGAGGCCCGCAAGAGAGCGCCCGCGCCUUCUCCGCCCUCUGCCUCUCCCCUCAUCUCAGACCCCCCAAAAAACUCCUAUUUAAAUGCACGAGCCCCACACAGGCAAGUAUGACAAGAGA